AAACUGGUUUUUGAUCUGGGUAUUUUGGGGAUCUUCUCUGUUGCGUGAUUUGAUGAUCUUGUAGAACAAAGAAAAUUUCAAGUGAAAGAUAGAGAGAGAGAGAGAGAGAUGGAGGAAGAGACAGCGUCAACAAGAUAUUGGUGCCAUGAAUGUGCUAGGGUCGUUGAUCCGAUCAUGGAGGCCGAAUCCAUCAAAUGUUCGUUAUGUAACGGCGGAUUCGUGGAGGAAGUCGACAGCAUAAGGAGUGAUCACCACCAGCAACAGGAUGGUGGUUCCGACUCCGAUCGUGCACUUUCGUUAUGGGCUCCAAUCUUGCUUGGUAUGAUGACCACACCUCGCCGUCACCGGAGAUUUAGACAGCUUGGAUUUGAUGAGGACAAUGACGAAGAAGACCGCCGUGAUUCGGACGACCGCCGUGAUUCGGACGACCGCCGCCACCAGGAAGGAGACAUGGAGUUGGACCCUGAACUUGAGUCCAUGAGGAGGCGGCGGAAUUCCACCGCAAUCCUCCACCUUCUGCAGGGUAUUCGAGCCGGAAUGGUAUCGGAAUCUGAGAACAACGUGGAGGGCGGCAGAGGGGACAACAACCGGGAACACGACCGUGAUCAUGAACGUGAACGCGUUAUUCUGAUCAAUCCUUUUAAUCAAACCAUCAUCGUUCACGGUGGUGGCGGCGGCAAUCCGUUCGAUUCGAGCAAUCCGUCUCAAAACCACCCGUUGGGUUCUUUCGGUGAUUAUUUCGUCGGACCUGGUUUGGAGCAACUCCUGCAGCAUUUAGCCGAGAACGAUCCCAACCGAUACGGAACCCCACCGGCACAAAAGGAAGCGGUGGAGGCAAUGCCGACUGUGACAAUCGAAGAAAACUCGAUUCAGUGUUCGGUUUGUUUGGAAGAAUUCGAGAUGGGAGGCGAAGCUCGCGAAAUGCCGUGUAAACACAGGUUUCAUGGCGACUGUAUCUUGCCAUGGCUGGAGCUUCAUUCUUCAUGUCCGGUCUGCAGGUAUCAGUUGCCGGCUGACGAAUCAAAGAUCAACCGAGAACAAGAAACGGCGAACGGGGGUGUGGGAAAUUUACUGGAAUCGGGAAACGGAAGGAAUAACGAAGAGAGACGAUUUUCAGUAUCGCUUCCUUGGCCUUUUAGCAGCUUGUUCUCAUCGGGAUCUAAUACGGUGAAUCUAAAUUCGAGCUCGGUGGCAGGUCCAUCGUCGUCGGGAGAUUCGGAGUCAUCACCGCGAGGCAAUGAAGCCGAGCGUAGCGAUGAUUGAUAUAAGUUUCCGAGAAUAAACCAAACGAACCAGUAACAUGGUCUUGAGUUCUCUUAAAUGGCUGCCAUCUCCCUCAGUAUCUUCGUCUCUAAUCCUAUCUUUCAUUGUACGGCCUCAACGUCUCAUACAUAUAUCAUAUAUAUAUUUUUUAAUUUUUUUCCAUACAUACAUGUUGUAUAUGAUGGUUGAAAUGUAUUUAUCCCCCUCAUUUAUAAAACUUCCUACCAUCCAUU